AUGGAGCCCCGCGCCUCGGACGGUAGCUUCCUGGGCGAUGUGGGCUUCUGGGUGGAGCGCACCCCUGUGCAUGAGGCGGCCCAGAGGGGGGAGACCCGACAGCUGCAGCAGCUGAUUGAGAGUGGGGCCUGCGUCAAUCAGGUCACAGUGGACUCCAUCACGCCCCUGCACGCGGCCAGUCUGCAGGGCCAGGUGCAGUGCGUGCAGCUGCUGCUGGCCGCUGGGGCCCAGGUGGAUGCCCGCAACAUUGAUGGCAGCACCCCACUCUGUGAUGCCUGUGCCUCGGGCAGUGUCGAGUGCGUGAAGCUCCUGCUCUCCUACGGGGCCAAAGUCAACCCGCCCCUGUACACAGCGUCCCCGCUGCACGAGGCCUGCAUGAGCGGAAGUUCCGAGUGUGUGAGGCUUCUGAUCGAUGUUGGGGCCAACCUGGAAGCGCACGACUGCCACUUUGGGACCCCUCUGCACGUUGCUUGCGCCCGCGAGCAUCUGGACUGUGUCAAAGUGCUGCUCAAUGCGGGGGCCAACGUAAAUGCGGCGAAGCUCCAUGAGACGGCGCUGCACCACGCGGCCAAGGUGAAGAACGUGGACCUCAUCGAGAUGCUCAUCCAGUUUGGGGGCAACAUCUACGCGCGCGACAACCGGGGGCGGAAGCCGUCGGACUACACGUGGGCCAGUAGCGCCCCGGCCAGGUGCCUGGAACACUAUGAGAAGACCCCUCUUAGCCUGUCUCAGCUCUGCAGGGUGAGCCUGAGGCGGGCGGCCGGCGUCAGAGGGCUGGAGAAGAUCGCCAGGCUGGACAUCCCUCCCCGGCUCAUUGACUUCCUCUCCUACAACUGA